AUGCGUGGGACUUUCAUUCUUUCUCUGCUUUCUGCGGCGCUGGGCGCCUCUGCUAGUCUCACCAACUCAAGCCUCAAAACCCACGUCGAUGUGCUAGCACUCGACAAUGCCUUCAAUCCUGUCAAAGAGGCUUACUGGACCGGCUAUCCUCAUCACCGCCGCACACCUUUCGCUGUGUCCCCCGAUGGAAAGUCUGCCUACAUUGCAUAUCUUGAUUCCAGCGAGACAGACGUUCAUGUGCAAGAGCUGGACCCCACGACAUUCAAGGCGACUGGGACUUCGGUGACCGUCACCGGUGGCAAAGAAGCUGGCGGCCUUGUGGCUCACAACGAUGGCUUCGCACUGCUGACCAACGAAGCCAUGCCAUCGGGCACCACAAAUGCGCCACCGAGCGAUACACCUGUUGCGGUACUGUAUCGCUAUACAGACGGAGAGCAGACCUGGAAGACCUGGCUGGGAGGACCUGGAGUCCACGCCUCCGAGGGACUCGCCUCCUCCCCUGACAUGAAUGGCGAUCUCGUUUACUCCGAGAGUCAAGGUCUCUACGGCGCAUACUUUGUCGUUACUGAUUAUACUGGCUAUGCCUCGGGUCACUUCGGCGACAGCAUCCAGUAUGUUACCAAUGCUGGAAAACUUGACACCAUCACCGGCGCAUCGAGCUCCUGGGGAUGCAGCCACAACACCGGCAUUGCAUUCGAGGCUGCCGAUCAAGCCCCCUUCGCCAGUAUCUGUGCCGAGGACCAGGGAGCUAUCUGGCUGAACACCAAGACGCAAGGCAUGACGAACGAUGGAGUCAAGAUCUCGAACGAGAACACUACGAACGGUGGUUCUGGUGAGCCUAUGGGUGGCAUGUCCGGUAGCUAUAGCGCGCUGGCUCGUUUUGCGAAUACUACCCGCUACAUCUUCGCCUGGGUGUCUCGUGGAGCUAUCGACGUAACCGAAAACACCUGGAUGGGAGACGGGUACACCCAUGUUAGCAAUCGCACGGAUGGCCGGAACGUUGCCAUCUCCCUGUUUUCCAACAAGUACACCAAGGUUGGCGCCCAGGCAACUUCCGAGGUCGGUACUGAAGACGGAGACAGCCAGGUCAACUGGGUGACCCAUGGAUCGAAUGACUGCUCUAACGCCCACGCAGCGACCUUUGGCAACAGCUCGGCGCUGGUCACCUGGGAAGAAAUCUCGAACCCGACCUGUGACUAUAUUGCCAUGGGCUGCCGGGGCCAGUUUGCUGGAACAUUCUUCCAACAGGUGAACUCGCAAGGCAGCAAGGUUGGUGCUGCGUUGAAGAGCACUGAUGUCUAUGUCGCGGGUGACAUGGUCACUAUGAAGGAUGGUCGCAUUUGCUGGCCCUAUGUCAGCAUGGACUGGGAUCUUUCACAGGCAGUCGGUUGGGGCUCAACUCCCUCGACCACCAAGAAGAUGUCCAUUGCCUGCAUGAGCCUUUGA